GUUAGGGAGAGAGAAGACUUGGUGGAAAGUUGUAAGGUCUGUUGUGUUGUGAGCUAUCGGAGGCGCUUCCGUUGGUUGUUCAUUAAGUGGUCCGUGCCCACGGAUUAUCCAAAGGAACCUGAAGAUCCUACUCACACAGUUAAAGUCAAAAAUCAAGAAAAAACAUAAUUGUGGUGGCUGCGAGUGGCCUGGGCCGACGACGUGAGGCGCAGGGCGGCGGUCAAUGUUAUUUGAGCGGGGGCCGCGGGCCUCGGCGAUCGCAGAGCAGAGGAUGCAGAAAGCCGCCUACUACGACAACGCGGGGCUCUUCGGGGGCUACACCUACAGCAAGGCCGACGCCUACCCCUACGGCGCGGCCCACCAGCCCUACGGCCAGGCCGGCCUGGACAGCGAGUACCCCGGCUCCGCCUGCUCCGUCCAGGGCUCGGCGCCCGGACGCGCCCCGGCCCACAAGGGCAGCGAGCUGAGCGGGAGCUGCAUGCGGCCGGGCGGGGGCGGCCCCGGGGGCAGUCAGCCCCCGGGGAUGGGCGAGCAGCAACCCCCGGCCCUGCCGCCCUCCUCCCCGCCCAACCCCCCUCCCAGUGUGCCCCCUCCGAAAAAAGCCAAGGGGGGCCCAAACUCCUCGGGCUCGGCCACCGCCACUCUCAGCAAGCAGAUAUUCCCCUGGAUGAAGGAGUCCCGGCAGAACUCCAAGCAGAAAAGCACCUGCGCCCCCCCAGGAGAGAGCUGCGAGGACAAGAGCCCCCCCGGGCCGGCCUCCAAGAGGGUGCGCACAGCCUACACCAGCGCGCAGCUGGUGGAGCUGGAGAAGGAGUUUCACUUCAACCGCUACCUGUGCCGACCGCGCCGUGUGGAGAUGGCCAACCUGCUCAACCUGACCGAGCGGCAGAUCAAGAUCUGGUUUCAGAACCGCCGGAUGAAGUACAAAAAGGACCAAAAAGCCAAAGGCAUCAUGCACUCCCCCGUCGGACAGUCCCCGGACCGCAGCCCCCCCCUGAGCGGCCCAAACCACGUCGGCUACUCCAGCCAGCUCCCCGGCGUCAACAGCCUCAGCUACGACGCGCCCUCGCCCACCUCCUUCGCCAAGUCCCAGCAGAGCAUGUACGGGCUGGCCGCCUACACGGCGCCGCUGAGCAGCUGCCUGCCGCAGCAGAAGCGCUACGCGGGCGCGGAGUACGACCCCCACCCCAUGCAGAGCGGCGGCGGCGGCUUCGCCAACCCCAGCCUGCAGGGCAGCCCCGUCUACGUGGGGGGCAACUUCGUGGACUCGAUGCCAGCCUCAGGCCCCAUGUUCAACUUGGGGCACCUGCAGCACCCCUCCUCCGCUAGCGUGGACUACAGCUGCGCCGCACAGAUCCCCGGCGGCCACCACCACGGACCUUGCGACCCCCACCCUACCUACACGGACCUCUCCUCUCACCACACCUCUCAGGGACGGAUGCAGGAGGCGCCCAAGCUCACGCAUCUGUAGCGGGGCGGCGGCCGGCGGGGCCCACUCCCCUCUCCAUUACCUCACUUUUCUGACGGGACAGUGUUACUGUGCUCUCGAGUGCCAACAGUAUUAGUGGAUUUGUCUCCCCUAGCAGCUCCCUUCUUUCUUCCGCACCCCCGAGUAGGUCCGUGAGCAGGAGCCUUUCUCUUAGAGCUGUUUUAAGCAUGACAGUGCAAUAUACUGCCAACCGAGGGACUGAUAAGCUGGUAAUGAUGUACUUGAAGGUAAGUCUUAGAAAUGCCGUAGUGUUAGCAGCGCGUCAUGCUGAGGUGUUUUAGACCAGUCGUAAGCCGUGGGAACUCGCCCGCGUGUAAGCUUAUUUCAGAGAAGUUAAUUUAUGAAUUCCUCCGUAACGUAAGGAUCACAUUGGACUAAAUGAUAUGUAUUUAUUAUUUUAAGCGAGACAUUUUUUGUAUCACUGAUUAUUUAUCCUCGUCUUAAUGUAUUUAUGUGGGUAUUUGUAGAGUUUCUUCACCAGUACUUCGGGAGAGCGAUUCAGGUCCGUGGUGACUUACAUUUCACCUAUUUAGUAUAAUCGGUCUGAGCUAGUUGAGAGAGUAGUCUUGAACAGUUGUAACAGUGGCUGGUGUUUGUAGUUUAUGUAAGGAUUAAUUAAGACAGCAAGUCGUAAAUCAUUAAUAGAGUAAAACAAACUGUGGCAUCACACAAAGAGCCAUUACACUUAAAAAAAUAUUGAGAGUAUUUUUAAAGUAUUUAUUUCUAACCGGCUGGCCCCACUCGAGCGCCUCGGUGGCUUGGCUGGCAGCUGGCUCGGCCGGGUGAAGCCACCUUUAGUUGGAAGCGCAGCCGCUUUGAUGAGGCCAUCUACAAAGCGGGGCUAUUGGCCAUCUUGUUUCAGAUCAAAUCCUGCAUACAAAAACCUCGGUGAGGUUAACAUUUAUUUAUUGGCUGGGUAUCUAUCGCACGUAUUAUUAUUUCGGUGGGCUCUUUUUUUUUUAUUUUUUUAUUUUUUUUAAAUUACACUCUGGCUAUCUGAAAUAGAAAUUAGAAGCUUAGAGCGCAAAAAAAUUAGAAACCCUCUGAUAGUGCUAAUUUCAUUAGGGUCUCCAUAGCAAUCCGUGCAGCAGCUGCCGCCUCCUUUGUUAUUUUUAUACUGUUGUCUUUAUACUAACCAUAAAUCAAUUUUUAGACAUCUUUGGAAGCCCAAGCUUUUCCUCUUGGUUUUGUUUUGGUUUUGUUUUUUUUUUUUUCAUAAAAAUAAACUUUGAAAGAAAAUUGACAAUCAGAUACACACAGCCGAAGGGAGACGCCGAGACAGGG